UGGUCUCGAACACUCGACCCGACGCCGAGCUAUAGAUCCGCACGCAGCGUUUUAAAAUUCGAACUCUACGACCGUUUGAAAACUUUCGGAAUUUUCUCAUUUUGUCUUGAAUCAUCUUCGGAAUUUUUCAAUUACGAAUAAAAUUACUCUUAGCCUGUGGCAUAAUAUCGUAAUUGUAUAAACUGUCGAAACAGUGCGGUUGUGAGAAGCCGCAGUUGUGUUUAGAACGGACUCGAAAGUGCAAGUUGUCGAAAUGAAAACGGAUUACGCGAUGGAUGAGAUGCAGAAGAGGACCAGUUCAAUCGUUGGACUGUCGGAUGUGACAGACAACAGGUUGAUCUGGCGGCAGCUGGUCGCGGAGCUGGUGGGCACCUUCCUGUUGACGUCUAUCGGUGUCGCAGCAUGCAUCAGCCUUAGUGUUGAAAGUGCCCCUCAGACGACAAGCAUCGCUCUGGCUUUCGGUCUUCUAGUGGCUUCUAUAGUGCAGGCUAUCGCACACGUAUCAGGCGGUCACAUUAACCCGGCUGUGACAUGUGGCCUAUUCGUCGCUGGAGACAUCACGCUGAUCAAGGGUGCCUUUUACAUCGUGGUACAGGUGCUAGGUGCGGUCGCCGGUGCUGCCUUUAUUAGGCUUGCCAUCCCGUCCGAGAGAGUCGGUGGCUUUGGCUUGACUCUACCAGGACCAAACGUUUCUGAUGCUCAGGCCUUGCUGGUGGAAGUCUUGGUCACGUUCGUGCUGGUAUCGGUGGUGCAAGGCGUGUGCGACCCAGGUCGUUCCGACGUCAAGGGCUCUGGACCACUCGCCAUCGGCCUCAGCAUCACCGCCUGCCAUGCUGCUGCUAUCCCGUUCUCUGGUUCGAGCAUGAACCCUGCUCGUUCCUUUGGCCCUGCCGCUGUAAUUGGUCACUGGACAUCACAUUGGGUUUAUUGGGUGGGUCCUAUUGUGGGUGGAAUUCUAUCCGGUAUCGUCUACAGGUUCAUCUUCCGCAUCGGCAAGAAGAACGAGAGCGGUUCUUACGACUUUUAGGGAUCGUUAAGGUAACUUAACGAUGUCUAAAAGUUGUAACCGCACGGUUUCAACGCGAAGCGUACCACUUUUGUGCCUUUUUUACAAAUAUAUAAUUGUUAAUAAAGCAAGAUUAUGUUAUUGGCAGGUAUCAAAUUUAUUUACGAUUAGUUUUGAUUUGUCUAUGUUCGUAAGUUGUAUGCUUUUUAUUCAUUUAUGGUGUUAUAUUAAAGGCACUUGCAGUAUAAAUGCAUUGAUUAACAAUCGACAUUUGGGGAU